UAGGGAAGCCCCAGGCACAGAGUAGGUGUUUAAUACUUUAACGUUUUAAAACUAAUAGCUAUUUGCCUUCCCACCCGCUUCCCCAGACUUCUAGGAAGUCAAAUUAUGCUCCUAGGCAUUGGUGGCUUGUAGCCGAGAUGAGAGCUAGCCGAGGACAAAAAUUCCUGGGGGCUGUUUUCAUGCAGAUGCUGAGCAGAGAGGACCCUCCGUGUUCCCUUUCUCUUUUUUCUGUCUUUGUCUCUUUAGUUCUCUCUGUCUCUACCCCUCUCUUUCUCAGUCUCUGUCCGUCUGUCUCGCUGCCUCUCAGUUCAGUCUCUGUUUGUCUCUUUGUUUCUUUCCGGCAGUGGUGUGCUGGAGCCAGCUACCUAGUACCGGCCCUGGGGAGCUGAUUCUGCAAAUCUCUUUCCAGCCCAGCGUUCAGCAAGUCACUUCAGUAACUUGAAAUCGGCCAUGGUGGGAAUAUUUACACCAUGGAAAUCAGCAAAUGCUACAAAUCUGGGCCUUUUAUUCCCAUUUCUUUUAAGAGUCAGUAUACCAGCAUACCCUCACCCCUGCCCCCUCUGCCCACACCGUCAGCCUUGCCAGGGCUCUCCCUCUGCCUCUUUCUUGGAGGGUCUCUGAACCCCCUCCCCAUUCCAGGCUUGCAGAAUUUGGGGAUCCCCUUAGGCUGACUUUUAAAGAUGGGGGUAACAUGAACCUGUGUAUUGUUGUAAGUGGCGGCAUCAUGUCUAAGUGGAAACGUAUAAGUUUGAAACUCUUAUCGAGAGGAGCUCUGUGUGGGUCUGUGACUGGGGGAGGGGAGGACUACUUAUAUCUCUAGGUUUCCUGGUGGAGGCUCAAUACACCUGUGUGUGCUUGAAGAAUGGCUGGAAUCCUCUGUGUCUGUGACCAGGCAGUGGAGAGAAGUGGUUCAGAUCCUGGAACCAAGGGCCAGGAUACCUCAUCUGUGCGGCCUUGGGCUAGUUUCUAAACCACUCUGUGCCUCGGGUGCCUUUGCAUUAAUAAUAAUUCUUAACCUCGUAGAGUUGUCGUGAGGAUAAAAUGAGGUAAUAUGUAUAAAGUGUUUAAUGCAGUGGCUGACACAAAGGAAGGCUAUAAUGGGAGAGGCUCUGUGUGUGUGUGUGUGUGUGUAGAUGGGUGAAGGCUGAAGGUAUGUGUCUGUUCAUAGAUGUCUAUGUCUGUGAAUCUGUACAGAGGAGCUCAGAGAGUCCAUGUGAGGCACUGUUGUGUAGCUGAGGUGGCGGGGGUGUCUGAGAAUGUGUUGGGAGGGCUCUGUGCCAUCUGAGAUGUGCGUGUGUCUUCCUGUGAGAAGACCUCCAUUCUCACCCUGUAGGUUGUGUUUUCCUCUUACCCCCAUCUGUCCCCUGAGUGCCUGAAAUCCCCUCCCUUGGCUCAAAAUGCCCCUCCUCCACGUCUGCGUCUAUUCUCUCCCUGAGCCUAACCAGCCCCGUAGCACCUUGGAGCCCUUCAGACAGUGGCUUCACCCCAGGGGAGGGGUCCUGAGGUCCUGAGGUGAAGACCUCCACAAUGGCUUGGUGAACAGGGGCUAUUUUGGAGCUCAAACCACAGCCCGCCUCAUAGUUCACCACAUGGGUGUCACCCCCUACACAUACACGGGAGAACGGUUGCAGCGGAGCAUGAGACAGGCUGGUGGGUCUAAAGUGGGGAUCACAAGGCACUGAUGUGACAGAGCCAUCAGCCAAGCAGCUAGAUCCAGUGGAUCCAGGAAGGCUGCCUGGAAGAGGUCUCAAGCCCUUCCCAAGGACCAUGCCGCAGCCCCACUGACGCAGGAGUAGGGGCCUGAGGGGGCACCUGGCAUGGGCUGUGUGUUCUGCAAGAAGUUGGAGCCGGGGGCCAAGGAGGAUGGUGGCCUAGAAGGGGACUUCAGGAACUAUGGGGCUGCAGACCGCUAUGGCCCCGACCCUACUCAGAGCCGGCCUGCAUCUUCCUUCUCCCACAUCCCCAACUACAACAGCUUCUCCCCUCAGCCCGCCAGCCCUGCCUUCCUUGAUGCAGGCACCAUCCGGGGCAUCUCAGGGAUUGGGGUGACCAUGUUCAUCGCCCUUUAUGACUAUGAGGCCCGAACGGAGGACGAUCUCACCUUCACCAAGGGCGAGAAGUUCCACAUCCUGAACAACACCGAGGGUGACUGGUGGGAGGCUCGGUCCCUCAGCUCCGGACACACUGGCUACAUUCCCAGCAACUACGUGGCCCCUGUGGACUCCAUCCAGGCUGAAGAGUGGUACUUCGGAAAGAUCGGGAGGAAGGACGCCGAGAGGCAGCUGCUCUCCCCAGGGAACUCCCGCGGGGCCUUUCUCAUUAGAGAGAGCGAGACCACCAAAGGCGCCUACUCCCUGUCCGUCCGGGAUUGGGACCAGACCAGAGGCGAUCAUGUGAAGCAUUACAAGAUCCGCAAGCUGGACACCGGUGGCUACUACAUCACCACGAGGGCCCAGUUUGACUCCGUGCAGGAGCUGGUGCAGCACUACCUUGAGGUGAACGAUGGGCUGUGCCAUCUGCUCACGGCGGCCUGCACCACCAUGAAGCCGCAGACGCUGGGCCUGGCCAAGGACGCCUGGGAAAUCAGCCGCGGCUCCAUCACGCUGGAGCGCCGACUGGGCACCGGCUGCUUCGGGGAUGUGUGGCUGGGCACGUGGAACGGCAGCACCAAGGUGGCGGUGAAGACGCUAAAGCCGGGCACCAUGUCCCCGAAGGCCUUCCUGGCAGAGGCGCAGAUCAUGAAGCUGCUGCGCCACGACAAGCUGGUGCAGCUGUACGCGGUGGUGUCAGAGGAGCCCAUCUACAUAGUGACCGAGUUCAUGUGCCAUGGUAGCCUGCUGGAGUUCCUCAAGGGCCAGGAGGGUCAUGUUUUGAAGCUGCCCCAUCUGGUGGACAUGGCGGCACAGGUUGCUGAGGGCAUGGCCUACAUGGAGCGCAUGAACUAUAUUCACCGUGACCUCAGGGCAGCCAACAUCCUCGUCGGGGAGCGGCUGGUGUGCAAGAUCGCUGAUUUCGGGCUGGCCCGACUCAUCGAAGAUGAUGAGUACAACCCCCAGCAAGGGACCAAGUUCCCCAUCAAGUGGACAGCCCCUGAGGCUGCCCUCUUUUGCAGAUUCACUAUCAAGUCAGAUGUGUGGUCCUUUGGGAUCCUGCUCACUGAACUCAUCACCAAGGGCCGAGUCCCCUACCCAGGCAUGAAUAACCGUGAAGUGUUGGAACAAGUGGAGCAUGGCUACCACAUGCCGUGCCCCCCAGGCUGCCCAGCAUCCCUGUACGAGGUCAUGGAACAAACCUGGCGUCUGGACCCAGAGGAGAGACCCACCUUCGAGUACCUGCAGUCCUUCCUUGAGGACUAUUUCACCUCCACAGAACCCCAAUACCAGCCUGGGGAUGACACAUAGCCUGAUUGGGCAUCAACCACCUCUCUGGGGGUGCCCGCCAAGCCCUUCCUAUUCCCAGGUUCCUAUUUCUAGGUUCCCAGGCCUAGAACCCUAUAGAGUCCUAGCAUGUCAGAGCAAGCAAGUUGCUUUGGGUUCAUCUAGGGCAACCUGUUCAUUUUAAAGAUGGGGCAAAUCGAGGCUCAGAGAUCAUCCCUCACCCACUCUGGCCCCAAGCUCUAUCUCUCCUCUUCCCACUUAAGCCCCUACAUGCCUCUAGCUUUCCUGCCUGUGCCCCUUCCCCCCAAAAAGGAAAUGCUGAGAUUUUUUCUAGUUAUUUAUAAAAUUGUAUAUCCUCUCCCUCACUUAGCUCCUGUCCCUGGUUUCCUACCUGUCAACCCACCCUGGUCCAGACCCCCAGAAUUCACCUACUCAAUUCUCUCAUGUCUGUAAUUUACAAACACAGGGAAAGUCUCUGUCGGACCCCUUUCCCGCUGGGUGGAUGCUGUAGUACACGACUGGGGUCCAAGCCCAGGGCGAAGGAGAGGGUUGCUGAGGGCUCAUCACCUCUCUGAAUCAUGUGUGUGUUUACUGAUUUUGUAAAUAAGAAGAGUGACCAUAUGAA